CUGAGCGGCUGAGAGCGCGGGCUUUGGACUCCGGAAGAAGGGCGAUGGAAUAGAAUUCGACGUUGCCUGGCGACCGACCGACCGACCGACCAAACCGACGGUCGACUGAACUAUUGGGAGUCAAUAUGCCAACGUUUUCUGUCAUGUACAAAGGAGCAGUUAUCAUUAGCAGGACACUAAUGGGUCCGUAUGGGGUAGAUCGUGCCGUUCAUGAAAUAGAAUUUACCGACUGUGAGAAUGGACUGGGGAUCAAAGUGAUUGGAGGAAUGAAGGAGUUAACGGGAGAGGAGUUUGGAGUCUACGUCAAAAGGAUUUUACCUGGUGGCCUUGCUUCAAGUGAUGGACACCUCCAGGCGGGAGACCAGAUCUUGGAGGUGAAUGGGGAGAGUUUACUAGGGGUCACCAGUGAAAGAGCAGUAGACGUUCUGAGAUCAGCGUCCUCCAGCAACCAAAUGCGCCUUCUGAUCGCCAGAGACGAGGAAGCCAGGAGAGAGUUUUCAGAGCUUUUGGAGAAGUAUGGAUCCAGCAGUAGUACUGGGUCGACACGCAACUCUCCCAUCCAGCAUGCAGGCAGAUAUCUGGACAGUACAUCGUCCGGGUCCUCGUCACGCUCCCAGAGUCCUUUGCUUUUGAGUCCUGCUGGGUCUCAGAGCACCUACAACAACCCUCUACUGCGCUCCCUCAGUCACCCAGGAGAGGGUGUGAUCCAGCUGAUCUCUGUAGCCCGCUCCUCUAGUCUGGGCAUCACCAUCGGCGGAGGCUCCAAUAGACCGGACGGCCCGGCGGUCUUCAUCCAGGAGGUUCUGUCUGGGGGAGACUGCCACAGGGAUGGGCGCCUGAGGCCAGGGGAUCAGCUCAUUGCCAUCAACAAGGAGUCCUUGAUAGGUGUGACCCACGAGGAGGCUAAGAGCAUGGUCAACAAGGUCAAAUUCAGUCAAGAGGCGGUGGUGGAGGUUGCUUUCAUCCCUGGUAAAGGUCCGUUCCCCAACAGCACGUCUUUACACAACGGUGUCCAGCGCGGCGUUGGCAACGGGUACAGCUCCGGACGCUUAAAAGUCCACGUCAGAUCACCAGAGAUCCGUUCGGGGGAACCUGCCCCACUGCCUUCUCCCUCCCCUGACAUCUGCCCUCCAGAUACACACAUUUCAGGCUCGGCCCCCACCCAGAGAACAGUGUUGUCUGCAGCCAAACCCAAGAUCUCCCUGGACCCUCACAUACGCCUCAAGUCUGACAAACUGGACCUGGCGUUGUCGUACCUGGGUCUGGACGUGACGGAGGAGAAGAGGAGGAAGCUGAGACAAAGUCUUAUCACUGACCCACAGGGAACCGUGUCCUACGGAGACUUUGUUGAGGCCACACGCAACGUCUACCAAGAGAAUCUGGAGGAGGCGGGACUAGGGCAGAAAGAGUUCAUGUUCUCCUAUCACGAAGCAGCUAGCUUGAUGGACACCUCUGCCUUCCACUCCCCGACCUUUGAUUCAGAUUCCUACAGUAGUGAAGAACUGGAGCACUUUCAGGCGGAGGUGAAACAGCUGCAGAACCAGAUUAAACAACUCAAGUCCAAUCACAGUCAGCCUGCUGGUUUUCCUACACUACCCCAGAUCAGUCAGCCUGCUGGUUUUCCUACACUACCCCAGGUCAGUCAACCUGUUGGUUUUCCUACACUACCCCAGGUCAGUCAACCUGUUGGUUUUCCUACACUACCCCAUAUCAGUCAACCUGCUGGUUUUCCUACACUACCCCAGGUCAGUCAACCUGUUGGUUUUCCUACACUACCCCAUAUCAGUCAGCCUGCUGGUUUUCCUACACUACCCCAGGUCAGUCAGCCUGCUGGUUUUCCUACACUACCCCAGGUCAGUCAACCUGAUGGUUUUCCUACACUACCCCAGAUCAGUCAGCCUGCUGGUUUUCCUACACUACCCCAGGUCAGUCAGCCUGCUGGUUUUCCUACACUACACCAGGUCAAUCAACCUGCUGGUUUUCCUACACUACCCCAGGUCAGUCAACCUGAUGGUUUUCCUACACCACCCCGGGACACAGAGCACAGCAAGUCGACCCUGGAGGAGGAGCUACACAACACCUCAGAGAAAGCGUGUGCGACAGUGGAGGAGAACAGUCGUCUGAAGACUCGUGUGCAGGUAGCGGAGGCAGUGCAGAGAGACAGACAGAGUAACAGUGCAGAGCAGGACUAUGAAGAGGUCAUUACACUGCUAGAGGCUGAGAUCAAAGACCUGAAGAACCAACUGGCGGGCAAGAAACAGAAGGGUCUGGAAGCUACUAAGGAAGAUGUGAUGGAGUUAAACAGGAAGUUGUCAAUGAUUGACUGUCAGCUGAGGAGGUCUGAGCUGAGCAGAAGACACCUGGAGAUCUCCAACAAGAAACUACUGGGAUUCGCACAGAAUGUUCACAAAGUGCUCACCACCCCCAGUUUGUUUGGAAUGGAAAAUGGGAGUAGCAGGACCUCUCCAGCCACAGACAGUCCAGAGACCCCCUCUCCCAUCCCAGACCCAGCCUGCCAGUUAGCUGCAGAGGCCAGGGAGCUGGUGGAGGGGGUCAGAUCCCUGAGCAGCACCGAUGAUACAGCCCCUCUCAGUGACUCAGAGGUGGGGGAACCACCUGACCCAGCCAUGGACCCUAACCGGGCCACACAGUGACCCUCAUAGCUCGCCGGCUCAGACAUCUCCUACAGAAGAUCCAGCCAAAGACAAGCGCCGCCAGUAGAGAACGUUCAGAGAACGUCACAGAGAGCGUUUUAGAGAACGUUACGAGGAUGUGAAAAGAACAACGUGGCUGGGGACUAGGCUCAGAAGAACACAGUGGUUGGCUGACUACGUUUACCUAAAAACUACCAACGACCCUUUAAAAGACCGACAGACAGAUUGAGAGAGACAACCAGACAGACUGUAUGUAGGAUGCUAUGCAGUGUGCGUAAAAAAAAGAAAGAAAACACUUACAACUCAGCUUCAGUCAAUGUUCUGGGAUUGCUCUACUGAUUAACCGCAAAAUGUUCUAGUUUAUCUGUUUUCUAAUACAGCUGUGUGUGUACUUACGUUUCUCUGUUGAUAUUUAGCAUUUGUCAGAAUGUGAACAAAGGGGAGAUUCUCAACUGGGAGAAUCUCCCCUUCCUGGGAAGGAUAGCAGGUUUUGAGGUGAAAUGGCAGAGACUUGUAGAUGCAGUUCAGUUUGUUCCAAAGAGCUUGCCGUAGCCGAUUAGACAGCACUACAAAGCCAAGGCGCUACCGUUGGGUGUGUAGGUGUACAGACAUACAGCAUGAGCUAUGAUGAUGAUGAUAAUGAUGAUGAUGCAAUGAACCUUUCUAUCCCUGAGUUCCAAUACUCUGUAAAAGAUGAAUUCUCUCAUGUCCUAUUUCCUUGUAUCCUAUUUCCUUGUAUCCUUCCUGACCACUGAAAUCUGGAGAGACCGGAUAGUGACGUUCAAUAUGCCGGUAUGACAUUGGCUGCUCGUCAAAUUGGUUCCAUCCGUUUAUUUUUGGGAUCAGUGGUCCUCAAGGACACGAAGAGAGAUGAAGACGUUUGUGUUCAUUAUCUGAGACGGGACAGAAAUGUGUAUUUUUGCUCACAACAGUUCCCAGAGUUGAGGAGAAGAAGCCAGACGAGGGUAUUGGAACCUAGCCCUAGCUGUGUCUAUAGCUGUAUCGCCAUGGCUACAGUAAGUGCCCUGUAUGUGUAUACUUCAGAGAGAGAGAGAGAGAGAGAGAGAGAGAGAGAGAGAGAGAGAGAGAGAGAGGAUAACAUGGACGAUGUGCCCUGAUCCAAAGCGUCUCAUCCUGAUGACAUCGUGUCACCAUGGUGAUGACCCUGUGUACAGAAACGGUUUGUCCCUUAUACUGACGUGCUCUGAUGAACUGUCUGUCUGUUUUGAAGAUGAUUUUGUACUGGAAAAGUCCAUUUUCUGUUACGGAUACCGAGGUAGAGGAAGAAGCUUUAGGACCUGCACGAGCUGUCAUGGCGACGCCGAGACGUCUGCUUUUGCUGUUAUUAUAAAACCUUGUAAAUCUUUAAGCUGAAAUAAAUAUUGCACUCUC